AUGGACGGUGCAGAGCCGCCGCAGCAGCCCCAGGACGAAGGGGAUAUCGGGUUCCCGGGCUUCUCACCUCCGGGCGUUGACGCCAGGUCCUCGCCAACGUCGAGCCUCGACGCCGUGACACCUGAGGCGCUUCGCAGCAGCUCCGCCGAGCUGCACCCGACGCCCUCACUUCGCCGCUGGCUGUCAGGCGCGUCCGAUUCUUUCAGGCGCCGCGGUGAGGCCGCGGCAGCGCAGCAGCAGCAGCAGCAGGAUCACGACGAGCCUGGCAACCCCCGCUCGCAGCACGAGGAGGUGCCAGGCGCAGGGAGCCUCUUCCUGGUCAACCCGACCAAUCCCCGGGAUGCUGCCCCAGCGGCAGUCAACCUGUUCGCCGCUGGCGCCGCCCCUGCGGCCCCCUUGGAGCAUCUGUACCAGCAGCCUGCCGAGCAGCAGCCGCAGCAGCAGUACGACCAGCCCUCGCUGCAGUACGACCCUCCUCCCCGGCAGCCCGCCUCCCUGCAGCAGCCAGCGCCGCCGCCGCGCCAGCAGCCGCCGCUUGGCCCCAAGCAGCUCGCGGCGCGGGAGGCGCAGCAGCCUGACGCGGCUGCGCCAGUCGGCGAGCCCAGCAAAACAACCCAUGAAACUCCGAAACGAGGAAAGAGGGAGAAGCGGCGCAAGCCUGAAAGCGAAGACGGGGAUGCGGACGGUCCUGAGGAGGCGCAGAGGCCGAGGCAGGCUUCAGGAGGCGGCGGCGGCGGCAGCACCGUGUACGCGCUGGUGGUUCUCGCGGGCGUUGCGGCCGCCGCAGCGGGCUUUGCCCUUUGGUGGCGGAAGCGCGGCGCCGGCCAGGAGGGCGCCCAGACGGGCAGCUCGGCGCAGAAGCCUGGAGCCAAGGGGCUCGACGCUGAGCUGGAUGCCUUCGACGCGGAGAUGGCGGCCAUGGACGCAGAGAUGGCGGCAAUGGAAGUUGAGGACGUCCCCCCGCCGCCGCCCCGCCGCCCGGCGGCCCCCGCCAAGCCUGCGGUGGCGCAAGGCGGCCCCAAGGCGCCCCAGGCAGCGGCGGCAGCGGCGCGGCCGCAGGUGGCGGUGCCAGUAGAUGACAUCGACGUGCGUGAUCUGGGUGACGACGACGUGGACUUGGAUGAGGCCGCCCUGGCUGAGGUGGAGGCUGAGCUGGCGGCACUGGAGGAGGAGGAGGGGGACGACGCGCCGGUGGCGGGCGCGGCGUGA